GGAGUACUGCUCUGCCACCCAGGCUGGAGUGCAGUGGCGCAAUCUCAGCUCAUGGCAACCUCCGCCUCCCAGGUUCAAGCAAUUCCCCUGCCUCAGCUUCCUGAGUAGCUGAGGUGCAUGCCACCCCGCCUGGCUAGUUUUUGUAUUUUUAGUAGAGAUGGUCUGGGUGUGGUGGCUCAUGCGUGGAUCACAAGAUCAGGAGUUUGAGACCAGCUUGACCAACAAGGUGAAACCCUGUCUCUACAAAAUACAAAAUUAGCUGGGCAUGGUAGUGUGUGCCUAUAAUCCCAGCUACUCAGGAGGCUGAGUCAGGAGAAUCGCUUGAACCUAGGAGGUGGAGGUUGCAGUGCACCGAGAUCACGCCACUGCACUCUAGACUGAGUGACAGAGCGAGACUCCAUCUCAAAAAAAAAAAAAGUAGAGACAGGCCUCAAGUGAUCUGCCUGCGUCGUUCUCCCAAAGCGCUAAGAUUACAGGCAUGAGCCACUGUACCUGGCCACGAAACAAGUUUUCAUAGAGUGUAGAUAGUUUAACACUUACAGCUAACACUUAUAUCAUGUUUAUUGUGUGUCAAACACUGUUCGAAGUGCUUCUGUACAUAUAGCUAUAACUCAUCUAAUCCUUACAACAAUCUCUGAGGCAGGUGCUACUGUUAUUCUUGUUUGACACAUGAGGAAACUGAGGUUCAGGGAGAGAUGACCAGGCCUUCUCUAAACACAUACCAAGUAAGCAGCAGAGACAGGAUUUGAACCCAGGCCCCGAAUCCCAAGAUCUGGCCUCUGAACAACCACUGCUGUCCUGCUGACCUUCGUACAUGUUUUCAUAUCUGUAGAAAAAGUCUGGAAGAUUAGACACCAAAAUAUAACUGGUGGUUUCCUUGGGGUCCUCCAAGUGGGAGGAUCAUGGGGACUUUGAUUUUGUUUCCCAAAUGUUGUACGAUGACCAGGUGUUAUUACCUGUCCAUGUUGAGAAAAAGCUGUGGACUUAGCAGGAGGCCUCGGUAGUGACUCAUCCCCUCAAGAUCUCUAUUGUGUCCUGACCCUGUUUAAAGGGUCUGGUUGAGGCUGGGUACAGUGGCUCAUGACUGUAAUCCCAGCACUUUGAAGGGCUGAGGAGAGUGGAUCACUUGAGGUCAGGAGUUUGAGACCAGCCUGGCCAACAUGGUGAAACCCUGUCUACUAAAAAUACCAAAAAAUUAGCUGAGAGUGGUGGCACAUGCCCUGGCUACUUGGGAGGCUGAGGCAGGAGAACCGCUUGAACCCGGGAGGUGUAGGCUGCAGUGAACCGAGAUCAUGCCACUUCACUCCAGCCUGGGCAACAGAGCAAGACUCCGUCUCAAAAAGAAUAAAUAAAAUAAAUAAAGGGUCUGGUUAAAUGCUGAUUGGUUAACACCUUAAGAUAUGGCACUGUCAUGGAACAAAAAUGUCUAAAUUGAAAGGCAACUCAGAGUUUAAUUCCUCUUUCUCUUGUAUUAUCAUCACGAGUAAGGAAAGUUCAGCCCACGGAGGGUCAGGCUGUGGCUGAGUUCCUGCCACCACCGGCCACCAGUGGUGGCCCUGGGCUUCUGUUUCCCCAUUACAUCAUGCUGCCUCACAAGGGGCGUGUGUGGAUGAACACUGCUUUGUAGGGGGAGAUGGUCCUUCCUUUUCCCUCCAUUCCCUUCUCUGUUUUGCUGGAAGCAGUCCCUGACCCAGCUGACAUCACUUCCCACUGACAGGCAUCUAGCCUGGAGUUUCCAGUGACGUAGCAAUUUAGAAACUUUCCAUCCUAACGGGGCACUUCUCCUGGAGGCUUUCUGUGUGCAGAAGGCUGUCACCAGCCCAUUUUGUCCAAAGGGUAGGGGAUUGUGCAAUCUGGUCACAGCACUCCCUGGCUCUGAAAUCUUCUGUGGUGCCCCGCAACUCUUAGAAUCAAGUCCAAACUCUAAAGCCGGACAUUUGCUUGAGAGUCUUAGUUAUAUGGUCCUGCGCUUCAUCUCUUGCUUUUCCUUCUACUUGGCCCACCUUUGUUUAUAUUUUCUUUGUUUGUUUGUUUGAGAUGGAGUCUUGCUCUGUCACCCAGGCUGGAGUACAAUGGCAUGAUCUGAGCUCACUACAACCUCUGCCUCCUGGGUUCAAGUGAUUCUCCUGCCUCAGUCUCCCAAGUAACUGGGAGUACAAACAUGUACCACCACACCUGGCUAAUUUUUGUAUUUUGGGUAGAGGUGGGUUUCACUAUAUUGGCCAGGCUGGUCUCGAACUCCUGCCCUCAGUUGAUCCACCCACCACAGCCUCCCAAAGUGCUGAGAUUACAGGCAUGAGCCACCACACCUGGCGUAUUUAUUUUUUAUUUUAAAUAUUUAUUUAUUUAUUUAUUUUUUGUGAGCUAUCACCCAGGUUGGAGUGCAGUGACACAAUCUUGGCUCACCGAAACUUCCGGCCUUCCAGGUUCAAGUGAUUCUCAUGCCUCAGCCUCCUGAGUAGUUGGAACUACAGGCAUGAGCCACCGUGCCUGGCCUCAAUUUUUAAAUGUUUUUAUGAAGAGCUUGUAACAGUUCAGAAGAUGCCUAUAGUAUUUAUUUAUUUAUUUUUUUUUUUGAGACAGAGUCUCCCUUUGUUGCCUAGGCUAGAGUGCAGUGGUACAAUCUUGGCUCACUGCAACCUCCACUUCCUGGGUUCAAACGAUUCUCUGGCCUCAGCCUUUCAAGUAGCUGGGAUUACAGGGGUGUACCGCCAUGUCCAGCUAAUUUUUAUAUUUUUAGUAGAGGCAAGGUUUCACCAUGUUGGCCGGGCUGGUCUCGAGCUCCUGAACUUAGGUGAUCUACUUGCCUCGGCCUCCCAAAGUGCUGGGAUUACAAGAGUGAGCCUAGUCCCUAUGGCAUAAUGUUUUUUUUUUUUAAACUCCCUUCUUACCCUCUUUUUAAAAAAAAUUUAUUAUUAUUUUUUUAAAGACGAGGUUUCACCAUGUUGAUCAGGCUGGUCUUGAACUCCCCGCCUCAGGUGAUCCACCCGCCUUGGCCUCCAAAGUGCUUGGAUUACAGGCGUGAGCCACCACGCCCAGCCGGCAUAAUGUUAAUAAAUAAGACCAGGAUGCAGAAUCUCAGGUGCCUCACCUGACUCAUGUCGUCCUGGCUCCGCCUCCACUCUGAGCCAAGCACUAUUCUCAAUUCUGGGGAACUAACAGUGAACCAAACAGCCUCCUACGUGAUCACAGACCUGACACAGCUGCGGAAGAUCAAGUCCAUGGAGCGGGUGCAGGGCGUGAGCAUCACAAGGGAGCUGCUGUGGUGGUGGGGCAUGCGGCAGGCCACAGUCCAGCAGCUCGUGGACCUCCUGUGCCGCCUGGAGCUCUACCGGGCUGCUCAGAUCAUCCUGAACUGGAAACCGGUUCCUGAAAUCAGGUGUCCCAUUCCAGCCUUCCCAGACUCUGUGAAUCCAGAAAGGCCUUUGGCAACUUCUGUAAGAAAGGCUGAGGAUGAACAGGAAGAGGGGCAGCCUGUGAGGAAAGCCACCUUUCCGGGCCCAGGCUGCGUCCUGACCCACAGUCCCUCCUUUCCAGGUUCCUCUCCAGCCAGAGCCUACCAGCAGGCCUUUCUCCAACCUCUUGAAGAAGAUGCUCCUCAUUCCUUAAGAACCAACCUCCCCACUUCAUCUGAUUCACAGGGCUUUAGCACCUCCGUUCCUAAACAGGAAAAACUUUUGAGCUUGGCUGGAGAUAGCCUCUUCUGGAGUGAGGCAGAUGUAGUCCAGGCAACUGAUGACUUCAAUCAAAACCACAAAAUCAGCCAGGGGACCUUUGCUGAUGUCUACAGAGGGCACAGGCACGGAAUGCCGCUCGUCUUCAAGAAGCUCAGAGAGACAGCCUGUUCAAGUCCAGGAUCAAUGGAAAGAUUCUUCCAGGCAGAGCUGCAAAUUUGUCUUAGAUGCUGCCACCCCAAUGUCUUACCUGUGCUGGGCUUCUGUGCUGCAAGACAGUUUCACAGCUUCAUCUACCCCUACAUGGAAAAUGGUUCCCUACAGGACAGACUGCAGGGCCAGGGUGGCUCUGACCCCCUCCCCUGGCCCCAGCGUGUCAGCAUCUGCUCGGGGCUGCUUUGUGCUGUUGAGUACCUGCAUGGCCUGGAGAUCAUCCACAGCAACGUCAAGAGCUCUAAUGUCUUGCUGGACCAAAAUCUCACCCCCAAGCUUGCUCACCCAAUGGCUCACCUGUGUCAUGUCAACAAAAGGUCAAAAUACACCAUGAUGAAGACCCACCUGUUCCAGGCAUCAGCUGCAUAUCUGCCAGAGGAUUUCAUCCGGGUGGGGCAGCUCACGAAGCGAGUGGACAUCUUCAGCUGUGGAAUAGUGUUGGCUGAGGUCCUCACGGGCAUCCCUGCGAUGGAUAACAACCGAAGACCAGUUUACCUGAAGGAUUUACUCCUCAGUGAAAUUCCAAGCAGCACCACCUUGCUUUGCUCCAGGAAGACGGACGUGAAGAAGGUGAUGGCAAAGGAGAUCUGCCAGAAAUACCUGGAGAAGGGCGCAGGAAGGCUGCCGGAGGACUGCGCGGAGGCCCUGGCUAUGGCCACCUGCCUGUGCCUGCGGAGGCGCAAUGCCAGCCUGCAGGAGGUGCGUGGCUGUGUGGCUGCUGUUGAAGAGCGGCUCCGAGGUCAGGAGACCUUGCUCCCUUGGAGUGGGCUUUCUGAGGCUACAGGCUCUUCUUCCAACACCCCAGAGGAAACAGAUGAUGUGGACAAUUCCAGCCUUGAUGCCUCCUCCGUCAGUGUGGCAGCCUGGGCCUGGGCUGCUGCCCCACUUCUCCCCAUAGAGAAUGGGGAAGGAAGGCUGCGGGCCAUCGUGGGAAGGGAGGCCGACUCCUCCUCUGAGGCCUGCGUUGGCCUAGAACCUCCCCAGGAUGCAUCAGCUACGGAGACUUCGUGGCAAAUUGAGAUCAAUGAGGCCAAAAGGAAACUGAUGGAGGAUAUUCUACUUUACAAAGAGGAGAAACUGGACAGCGUUGAGCUCUUUGGCCCCUGAUGACUGGAACACAGCUGAGGACCCUUGUCCUUAGUUGGAAAGAUGCGCAUCAGAUCAAGAAAAAGAUCUGAGGCAGAAUCCAAGACCUGCCUGGAAAUAACGCAACAAAACCUCAGCUCUCCUGGGUGGGAGGGAAACUUCAUUUCACUGGAAUGAGUUGGGAGAGAAGGGCCCUUAGCUUUUAGAGACACAAAAAUCCAUGAAGCCUCUUCCUUUCUGGGCUUUGUUAGCUAGUGCAGGGGAUCAGAGGAGACUGAAGCAGAAACCCUGUACACGGGCCCAGGAUGUGGGUGAUUUUGUGGUUCCAGGGACUGUGUGAUGAUAACCACCCCUGCAGAUUCCAUUACCUCAGCAGCUCUUUCCCCCCACCACUGGUGGAGCAUUCUGCAAUGCCAUAGCAUUUUCUGGAGCUAAGAUCUCUGGGUCGUAUUUGCUGACAGCUGCAAGCUUUCAUGCUCUGAAAGACUUUUUUUAUUUUUAUUUUAAUUUUUUUGUAGAGACGGGGUCUCGCUAUGGUGUUCAUGCUGGUCUUGAAGUCCUGGGCCCAAGCAGUUCUCCCACCUCGGCCUCCUAAAGUGCUGGGAUUACAGCUUGGAGCCACUGUGCCUGUCCUGAAAGACUUUCAACUUGUGUCUCAGUGCAUUUCUUGACUCACCUCUCCAGGUCUCAAGUUCUGCAAAUGGCAGACACCUGGCGACGCACUCUACAGGUUUUCCGCUGCCUGUAUUGGAAAUCUUGCAACUCACAUAUUUAUUUAGUCACUGCCUGGCACCUUUAUCUUCCCAUCCCACUAAUAUUAGUGUUUUUUUAAUGGAGCUUUUAUUUGUUAUUUUUUUAAGACAGUCUCACUCUCUUGCCUAGGCUGGAGUGCAGUGGUGCGAACUCGGCUCACUGCAACUUCUGCCUCCCAGGUUCAAGCGAUUCUCCUGCCUCAGCCUCCUGAGUAGCUGGGGCUAUAGAUGCCCACCACCAUGCCUGGCUAAGUUUUAUAUUUUCAGUAGAGAUGGGGUUUCACCAUAUUGGCCAGGCUGGUCUCAAGCUCCUGACCUUGCGAUCCACCCACCUUGGCCUCACAAAGUGCUGGAAUUACAGGCAUGAGCCACCACACCCACCCAAGAAUAUGUGUUAUUUAUAACCUGAUGAAGAAUCAGGAGACUGCAUUUCAUGUCUGAUUCUCCUUCCAAUUAAGUCAGUCAUUUAGUUUUUGGGACCUCAGUUUCUUUGUAAGUAAGAUAACACCUGCUUGUUCUCCAUCCCUGGGCUGUUGGGAGGAACAGAUGAGACACUGGCUAUAGAAGCACUUGGAAAAUGCACUUGUCCUGUUUUAUAAAAUAAAUAAAAAGGUAUUAAAUGUAUAUUUCGCCAUGUACCUAAUGAUUAUUCAGUGUGUAUAUAUCUGAAAAGUCAUGUUGCAUAUCUUUUUGUGAAACAGAUGCUAUUUUAAAUUCACUGGGAGAAAUGUCCUAUUUAAAAUGAUUCUAUAGUGAUUUCUUUUUAUAUAAUAAAAAUAUGUUUGUAAAGUCAA